AUGACGAGCGUAGUGCAUAUAACCGGUCUAGUUAACGAAAUCGAAAGGAAGGAUCUUGAAAAUAUUUGUCGUCCAUAUGGUGCCGUUGUACAAAUCAGGCUUGGUAGAGGAGUACCAAAAGAAGCGUUCGUUGAAUUCGAGGAACCAAACUCGGCAGCUAACAUAGUAAGAGAACUGAACGGACAAGAAAUGCGUGGCAUUAAAAUUGAAUUGUACGUAAAUUAUAAUAACGAAGGCGAUUCGUUCAGAUCACGAAAAUACAGAAAGAGGGAAACGUGUUCUUCGAAGCGGAAUGCGUCGGAAUCCAGGGCUGAAGAUUAUGGAUAUCGAAAGUCAUCCAGUAAGUAUGGUAACCCACUUAGAGGCCCACGACGAGAAUUUAACAAUGGAAGGAGGUCUCCGAAUUGCAGGAGGGUGGAUGCAAGUAAAGCUCCGAGAGCUUUGAAACGGGAUCGGUCUGAAUCGAGGGCCCGUGUAGUUGACCAGCAUACCUCUUACCGAAGCAGAUACCCCUCUAAGAGAGAUGAAGACUUUCGCCGAAGAAGCUUAAUGCGAAAUGAUAGUUCUAAAAGUAGGCGCCAUGACAAUUGGAGAUCACGGAAUCAUUUGAACGAGGAUGAGGACCGGAACAUAAACAAGUAUGACCGCUUCACCAGCCGGGAUCGGUCUGAAUCACGCCCUCGCAAAUAUCGCUCUGUACAACCAGCGAAACGAAGACGGAUCGAUUCAACUGGAUCAAGUUACAGCACCGCGUCGAGUCAGCAUUCUUCAGUGAGUAGUCGUGGGUUGACACCAGAUAGUGGAAACUGGGAUUGA